AUGCCCUAUACUACUGCUAUUGGCAAAACAAACACUAUAAAUAAUAGUAUAAGUGAUGAAAUUAUACCUCUUAAGUAUGAAAAAUGGGUGAAAUAUAUGAAUAAUUAUUGGGCGAGGAAAGAAUUAUGGUGUCUAGCUUUUAGAGAUGCUACUGUCCAUGGUAAUCAGACCAAUAAUUUUAGUGAAGUUAAUGUAUGGAUUUUUAAAGACAUAGUACUCUCUAGAAAUAAGGCACAUAAUGCCAUUGCACUGGUGGAUUUUAUUUGUUCUGGCCUUGAAGAUUACUACUUAAGACGUUUAAGGACUUUUGUUAAUGGUAGAAAUGACACAGCUCGAUUGCUUUUUGAAGAUCAAAUAAAAAGAGCUGUUAAUAUUAAUAAAGAUUCAAUAGAAAAAUUGCCUAACAAUAUACAUAUUUAA